AUGGCGAGCACCAAAGGACCCAUGUUCAUUCCCAUCCCGCCGGGCCUGUCGCGUCACAGUUUCAUGUCGGAGAGCUUGGGCUUCUAUCCACCACCUGGACUCCCGUCCCCACCGUCCCCACCGAUCGCCUUUCCAGGAGAGAUGCUCCGCGCUUUCGCGCACGCACAGCCUGCGAUCAUCGAUCUUGCUGGCCGAUGCACAGGUGCUCAGGUGCUCGAAGAAAAGAGCUCCUGCACAUCACGGCCAGACAGUCUUGGAACCAGGUGUUCGACGGACGAGCCUGGCACCCCUCCAGCCCCUCCGACACCACUCUCAGAGGCUGCCGACCCAGAGGUGGCCAGAGGUGCCUUGAAGCCAUGGACUCUCGAAGAUGGGAGCGUAGAGGCACAGAACCACCGCACGCGUCCGCACACUGAAUCCGAGCAGAAUGCGGCUUCUUGCGAGGCAGUGAUGGA